UACAAACCUGUGCACGAAACAACGCACCAAACAUCCACGUAGCUCUAGUGAAGGAAACACGAGCUCGGUUACUACCAUCUGCUUGUUUUCCCUGGCUUAUUGAGCGUUGCAGCUCAUCGGUACGUUGAUCAUCAGUUUUUAUGGCAUUGUGGCCCUGGUGGCUGCAGCUCUGGUGGCAGAAUUACAUGGAAACAGUGGAGGAAUAAGGCAGGGUGUGUGUAUGUGUGUGUUUUGGAUGGCUUCGUGGUUGGGUUUGAUGGUCCUUAAAUCAGGGUGUGUGUUGGGGGAUGUGGGGGCGUCUUGAUGCUGUCAGACAGGAUGUAGGGGAGGAUCUAUUGGAGCAGGAUUAUCCGACCAUUUUUGGUGAGAAGCAUCGCGGAGAUCUGAUCACAGUUGACGCAUUGCACUCCUCGCGUUUUGGCUGAUGAUCCAUUAUCAUUAUAUAAUCAUACUAAUAUAAUCCUGUCUUCCUUCUUUCUUUCUUUUUUUUUUUACUUAAACAGCAUGCAUACAAUUACACCGAAUACAGCUCGCCCCCUCCCUCGCCCCGAGAGGAACUGUUAAUGCAGCUCAUGCUGAGCAACCCAUGAAUGCCAAUUAUACAUGGAACAGAUAACCCUAAGGUGCGGUGUCUGUCUGCAUUUGUCUGAAAGAAAGAGAGAGGGAGCAGCACGAAUACCGCACAGCCAGGAAACAUGCAAGGAGAGACCUUCCCCCGUUGCAGACUGGUGAAAUGUCAGGACUGAAGAGCGAGUGUGUCAGAUCAAAUCAGCAGACUGUUCACCAUACGGGGAGCUGCUUGACACUAGACUCACUAACGCCCUGUGUGUGGUUUAAGGCCAUCCCGAUCGAGAACAGACGUGUUAACUAAUUUUUCAUCAGCACCCCCCCUUCCCGUCAGAUUCAGCAAUCCAGAGACAAGCCCAGAUGGAGUGGUCACUAGAGAAUGUGAGGGAGAUUGUGGCUGGAGGGAUGCAGUCUAUCAGGGAGUGUGAGAUCUGUGCUUUCGCAAUAGCCAUGUGUGUGCUGCUGCUGUUCAUGUGGUAUUGUUACAGGGUGGGCCGGGAGCAUGGCUCCAGCCCUCUGCGUGGGAGGUAUCUGGCUGGGCCCAGCCGAAUUGGAGGGGUGGUGGGGGGCUUCAUGAGUUCAGACUGCCGUGGCAAGGGGAAAGGGAAAAAUGGAUCAAUGCUCGAAGAGCAGAACGGCUUCGCCUUCUGCCAGUCGCCAGAGUGCUUCCGGUGUACCAGCGCCGGCGAGAGUCUGAACCAGAGGCUCUAUCACAGCCUGCAGGAUUACGCCAAGCGCUACACCUGGUCAGGUAUGGGCAGGGUGCACAAAGGAGUCCGUGAUCAAGGUCGAUACCUCAACAGCCGACCGACCAUUCAGAGGCCAGAGGUCUUCUUCCUCCCAGACCUACCUUCGGCUCCUUUCUUCUCCAGAGAAGUACAGAGACACGACGUGGAGCUGCUGGAGCAGAGCUUCCCCGCCCUUCUUGCCGAGUUUGAGAGCAUCUACCACCAACCUCCAGCCCGCAGCGGCUCCUCCCUGCCACCAGGAUGGAAAGCCAACAACACUCCUCGGGGGCAGUGGUGGACCUACUACCUGGUCAACCAAGGCACCCCUCUGGUUCUUAAUGUCAGGAGGUGUCCGCGGGCCUGGAGGGUGCUGGGCCAGCUGCGUACCUUCAUCGCCAACAACGUGUUUGGAAACGCCUGCUUCUCCGUGCUGACGCCUGGAGCUCUGAUCACUGAGCAUUACGGUCCAACAAAUGUCAGGCUGCGCUGCCACCUGGGUCUUAGAGUGCCCCCUUCCUGUGAGCUUGUAGUUGGUGGAGAGCCACAGUGCUGGUCUGAGGGCAGCUGUCUGCUUUUUGAUGACUCCUUCCUCCACAGGGCCUUCCACGAGGGCGGUGCAGAGGACGGCCCUAGGGUGGUCUUCAUGGUGGACCUCUGGCACCCCAACGUGGCCGCUGCUGAGAGACAAGCCUUGGACUACAUUUUUACUCCAGGCCGCUUAGAGGACAAGGAAGGAAAAUAGGUGUGAGUGAGAAACCGUGUCUGACCAAGAGACAUAUGCCGUGUAGGGAAGUGUCCGUAGGAUUGGGGAGCAACUCUUUUUCUGCCUCCAGACCAGCUCCCACUCACUGUGUACAUAUUCUCUGCCUCAUACAGUUUCUUUCAUAACUCUCCUUAGCAGAUGACCAGACAUUGGGCCUCUUUUAUCAAAAGUUCAAUCUUAAAAUGCAGCCAUUUUAUUAAUGUAUGUUAACAUGAUGGCAGGGCCAUUUUAGCUUAUCGGUCAUUAUUUUAUUUUGAAUAUAUGAAUCUUCAAUGUAUUUGCAUAUGCAGAAUGAUGUGACCGAACACUAAAAAAAUUGCCCAACAAGCAGUUCUCAUCAAAUAUAUUUUUUUUUUCACAUUUUCCAACUUUGGGCCAAUUUUGGAGCAAAAUUAUUUCUAUAGAAGUUUCUUUUUGAAGCUCAGUUUUUUUUUUUUGGUUGCUGCUUGAAACAGUAGAAGGCAAAGUACUGAACAGAUAUGAUGAAUGGAUCUUUGCGAGCCAAAAAUAAUGUGUCACCCUCUUGCUGUUACGCUUCACGGCAUAUCUAGGUCCAUAGGCCAACCUAUUCUACCGGUAUUCGCUAUAGCCUACAUGAACUGGAGUCAUUGAGUAAGUGUUUGUUGUCCACUUAUUAAACAUUUAGUGUAAAGAAAGUGUUGGUGGUAUUACGUUACACUUAACAUCCAAUGCCAAUUAUUUUAAACUUACUGUAACACCUGCAUACAUUUCCCCCAAGGGCUAAAAAAAAAAAAGAUCAUUCCACUUUCUAUAUUACUCAACAUAUUCAGUCACACUUAAGAUGUUUGAGUCAAACCAAAACAUGAUUGUCGGUGGAUAUGCCCACUUUCAAAUGUGGGACACACUUGCCUCACGCAUGAGUGGAAAAUCUCUUGCUUGCAGAAUGGUGACAUAUUUUCAAUGAUUAUAGUGCUUAUUUACAUCAGAUCACAGCCAAGGUAAAGCUAAGGGAUAUUUGCGUCUGUGCUGGAUCAUUUUGUUCAAAAGGUUUUCAAACACAUUGAACGAGAUAACAAUGCGUAGUUGCAUAGUGGCUUUACAAAUACUGAUUAAUGGUAAAAACAUCAAAUUAAAAGAUAUGUAAACUGAAUUCAUUUCAUGAAGUGCUAUGUUGGUGUGAUAAUAAUAACUAAAGAAAGUAUUAAUUUAUACAUUUAAGGCAUUUCUCAUGUCACCUAUCAUAUCUGUAUGUGUUUUGAUAGAUAUGUGAUAACGGAGGUCCAAUGUUGAUCAUGACAUGAAUGUUUACAGACGCAGCUAAUGUCUCUGUCUCUGCCGGUGUGGUAGUUAAUUGUGCUCCCCCUUGAAAAAUCAAUCCUGCUUUGAAAGACAUGGUUAGAAAAGCACAUUUUAGGUCAAUUUGUGUGAGUCGGCCUGUGCUGUAACUGGAGGUGAAGCGUUUUUGGUAAAUUUACUAAACCCUUGUAAUUUGGUUGUAUUUGAUAUAAGGUUUGUAUUUCUGUAAAUAGGGUUGAGGUAAAAAAAAAACUAAAAAAAACGGAAAGGUCUGAGAUGAUUUACGAUGAUUGUCUUCAAUUCUAUAACUAUUGUGUUGUCAUGAUUUACAGCUAAAGCGUUCACAUUUCAUUCUCCGUUCCAUGAAAUAAUUUUUGAUAUAUUCAAUUUGUAAGAUUCUGUAAAUUGCUUGAAAAUGAAGUACUAUCUCUGUUGUUAUGUGAUGUAUUUAUUUUGAAUCAAUCCGUAAUUUUGCAGCGCCAUUUGGUAUCCAUUAUUAAAGCCACAAUCCUUAAUUCUUCAACAGCACUUCAUGGAUAUAUGUGCACAAAAGGUAGUGAAAUGUAACUUCAGCAGCUUUACAGGUCCAUCGUAAUUAAAGAUACCCAUCUAUUCAAUUAUAAUGUUUACAAAAUGAUUUAGCUGUUUACAACAUCGGCCAACACCGGCACUCACAUUGAGCUGUCCAUAAUUAGGUUUAGAAUCAAAAGUGCUGUUAUUCCACUUACGAGUGAAAACUGUCAUUCCCAAAGCAUUGCUUCACAUAUAUACAGUAUAUGACGGGGCAACCAUUUUGUUUACAUUAGGAUUAAGGAUUUGUCCUUUAAUGCAUUCUUGUGUGGAUUUUGAACAGUAUUUAUGUACAUUUAAUAAAUGGUUGAGUAUCUUAUUUAA